AGCCCAACGUCCAGGCAAGCAUCGCCAAGCCCACCGCCUCCACCCCAUCGAUAUGAUCACCAAAUCCAGUCCCCACCCAUCAAUGACACAUCACACCCACACAAGCUCCCAAACAUCGCAAGUCCGCAUCCGUCGCACUCCGAUCGGCCUGCUCCAGAGCGUGAGCGAGCAAGACUGACAAAGCAACACCUUGGCCCCACGAUCGCCGCAUCACGGGCGCCCGAUCGGUGCCGACAAAGUCGGUCGUCAUGA